AUGCAAGACCAACAAAAAGCAUCAUCCCUUGCGGAACAUUCUCAGAGUCUGGAUGAGCUGCAAGGCCGUGCGGGAGGAGAGUCCGGGCAUAAGCUCGAGAAGCAGGGCUCAUUCGACUCAAGGAGAAGUUUGGAUGCCCACUCGAGGCAAACUCAGCAUGUCGAGACACGAGUGAUACAUCGCUAUGUCGUCAGGCGUCCGCGCCCACUUCAAUAUUUAUAUCGGUCGAAGGUAAUCACUGUGGGCAAUGAGCAUGGAAUCUUGGCUCCGUCUACAACCAAUGAGACGGGUCUCCAGUCAAGCACUUCUAGCCAUCUGCCAGAGGACGUUGCGAGAGGCAGGGAGCGGCUGGAUCUAUUUGUCGAUCUGAUAUGGGUGGGUAUCAUCAGCAAUCUUUCCGAAGUCUUUUCGACAUUGGGCUUCAAACCUGAAGACCCCUCCACGGGGAAAGCAACGCUAGUCUUCGUUCUGCUAUUUUUGCCCUCCUGGCGUAUCUGGAAUUCUAUGCGGGAAUUUCUCAAUAAUUAUUACAUGGACGACAUGGUGCAGAAAACCUUUAAACUGUGGAUCUUGGUCUUGUCCGUCUUUUAUGGCAACCAGUUGGCCUACCUGGCCGAAGAUAUCGACAAAGUGAAGACCUGGGUCAUCUCGACGUACCUUAUUAUCCUCGGCAGCUUCCUGCUUAUCGAACUGGUCUAUUCUAUAUUUAUCAAAUGGCUGCGAAGACUUAUCUUCAUCCAAUCCGUGCUUAGAUUGCCCGGGGUUGGGCUCUGGAUUGCCGCCAUCUAUUUACAUGAUGUCUAUGCAGUGGGCCCGGUCGUGGCUGCGGUGGCUUGGGAGUAUAUUUGCUCCAUGAUUUUCAGCUCAAGACUUGCAGACAGGCUCACGCCGAGCGAGUACAAGAAAGCUCUCGAUGUCGACCACUUCCAAUCCCGAAUGGCCAAUUUUUUCAUCAUUACCCUCGGUGAAGGUGUUCUGCAAUUGGUCAAAGAUGGACCAUUAGGACGAGGCUUGAACGGGACAACUGGGAUCAUGGUCUGGAUCCUCCUUGUCUACUAUGAGCUGUCAUUCCUAUAUUUUAACCGCGACGGAAGCAAAAGAUUUAUUCCGGCAAUCAAGCAGGAGGGGAAGAAAACAUUGAUCUGGGUAUCCUUCCACAUUCCCCUCUUCGCCUCAAUAUUGACGUUUGCAUCCGGCGUCAUAUUCAUCGUCCGCCACGAGACAAGCGAACAACUUGAUGUUUCGGGAGAGCAGCAAAUCCCAGACGGCGAGAUACCGCACUACAUGUACAAUGCAGUCUGGACUAGCGCGGUUUCGCUCGCCAUCAUCAUCUUUAGCAUGACGGGUCUAGCGCUUUUGGACAAGUCGCUUGACGAGCCCGGAUCCCUUCGGAUUAACAAUCGAUACAUACGUCUUGGGGGACGGCUAGUGUACAUCGUUGUGAUACUCUGUGUUCCCGCCACUAGGAAUAUUGAUGCUCUACUCUUCUUAGGGAUUGCAGGACUCAUGCUCGUGGUGGUAACAAGCUGGGAGUGGGCAGUUUGCAUGGAUCGUGGGAGUGCUUUCGUUGAGCCAGAGGGACUCAGCUUGAUGAUGAACAAAGAACUGAAGGGGAAGAAAUAAGCCUACGCGGACGGGAUGAUCAGAGAUUUCUGACAAUUAAUCAACAUGGGUCACUUUUCAGCUCGUCAGUUAGGACAAGCUCGGAGAUCACUCUGGACUGGCAUACAUUGGCAGAGCUUUCGAGCCUUGAGCAGUUGUGGAUCUAGAUUCCGCAAGGUAUCGAUCGGUUGUUUUGUGGAAGAACUAACCGCAAUUACUGCACCG